GAUUGAAGCAGCUCGAUGCCCAGAUGUGGUCGUGGCACAAAUAGACCCCAAAAAAUUGAGAAAGAAGCAGACAGUGAACGUUUCACUUUCCAGAUGUCAGCCUGCCCCUGAAGGAUACUCUCCAACGCUCAAGUGGCAGCAGCAGCAAGUGGCCAAUUUCUCAGCUGUUCGUCAGAGCCUGAACAAGCAUAGAAAUCACUGGCGGUCACAACAUCUGGACAGCAAUGUUAUUAUGCCAAAAUCAGAGGAUGAAGAAGGCUGGAAGAAGUUCUGCUUGGGCGAAAGAGUAUAUUCAGAAAUAGAUGCACUACCUGAUAAUGAGAAUCUAGGCAUUGAUUACAUAAAGGUGGGCUUUCCCCCUUUGCUAAGUAUCGUAAGCAAAAUGAACCAGGCAACAGUAACUAGUGUCUUAGAACACCUGAUAAGCUGGUUUGGGGAGAAAAAGUUUACUCCUGAACUGGGUAGGUGGCUUUAUGCAUUGUUGGCAUGCCUUGAAAAACCUUUGCUACCUGAAGCUCACUCCCUUAUUCGACAGCUGGCAAGACGAUGCUCCGAAGUCAGACUACUGGAGGAGAACAAGUAUGAAGAACAGAUAUCAGCACUGAACUUGAUAAUCUGUUUAGUUAGCAGGUACUUUGAUCAGCGUGACCUGGCCGAUGAGCCGCCCUAG